GCGCCAACAACUUGCGGAAGCUCCUGUGCUUCACCAUAUUACUGCGUGUUAAGCAAGACGUAUAAUUUGUUCGUUUCACAAGAUGGAAUAUGAAACCAUGUCCAUCCAGCCUGAAUUCGCAGAGACUGACAUUUCGUUUGCCGAUGAAGAGACCGACAGCUCUUUUGCCAUUGUUGGAAGCAGGAUUCCUCUCCACGAAGCUAGCGAACAUAUUAUGACAAAACUCAUUAAAGAAAAGCGACAGCUGAAAAAAGAAAUACAAGAUUUGAAGGCGGAAUUAAAUCGGAAAGCUGAAGAAAAUAGGGAUAAGGAACGUAAUCUUGAAAGAUCUUUUGGCAUUGCUACCCUUGAAAAACAAAUACAAUCCAACCAGAUUGAUAUAUUGGUAAAAGCAAAUACCGAACUCGAAGACUCGCUUUCGAAUGCUUAUCAAGAAUUAAGAGGUACACGGUUAUACUUGGAAAGAAGUCAACAGACAGUGGCUAACCUUGAAAAAAGGGUAGUUGAUCUUCAAAGAAAUCUAAAUGAAUAUAAACCUUCAUCUCCCAUAUCAAAAGAAAGGGAGGAAGUCGAGAGGAUGGGGGAAGAUAUAAAACUAGUAAAGAGCGAAAUGAUAUCCUUACUGGCAAAACCACUAAUGCGUUUGCCUGACAAAAUGUCAGAAAUGAAGGAUUUGAUGAAGUCUUUGAAAGAAAGAGCAGAUGUCGCCGAACUACAUCGUGAAGAAGAACGGAAGCAGAAAGAAGAAAUGGGUGCUCAACUUGAAGACAUGCGGAGUGACCUAAAGCAGAUAGUGAAUAUGAUGGCAGGUGGAGGGGGGUAUCCAAAGCAUUCCACCGCCGCAACUCGUACAGUGCCUAGUCAAAAGCAAGUUCAAUCUAAACAGAGAAAGAAAAAUACAAGUACACCUCGUGGCGCCCCCGAUACACCUGGUGGCACUGCCAAAGUACAAAAUCACUGGAAAUCAUAAUUUUCAGAUUGAACUCUUCAUGACAGCUUAAUAUUGUUCAAACGUCGUAAUAACUUAAGUUAAUUUGUGUUACACCUACCGCAAAAGCAGUGGUUCGCCAAGUUUCUGCGUAGUCUUCAACACCUUUUGCAAUGCAACUUGUGAGUAAAAUGAAGAUUCCGAGUGGAUUUCAGUUUUAAACAUUUUGCAGAACGAAUUUUACUAAGGACAUGCUUAUUCAUUUCAUAUCUGGAAGAAGAUAAAUAUCUAUUAGAAAUAGGCUAGUUUGACUCAGAUAUUUUCCAUAUUUCUUUGAAUAUUAAUAGUAUAAAAAUUCUGCGUCUUACCUAAAUUUAUUUUCUAUUCAUCUAUUGAAAGCAAUUGCAACUACAGGGACGAGCCUGACAAGAUGGUUUUAGCAAAAAUAAAAUUCAAAAGGUAAUUCAAUAAAUAAAUAAGGAAACGAAUAAUAAGAUUAAGAUAAGAUGAUAUUGGAAUGAGGUACAGAUCUAGACUGGCUACCAUGAAAUUUGUAAACGGUAUGCCUUACCAAAAUAAAGUCUUAUGUCAUUGAGUAUAGUCUUUUGGAAUAAAAGAAUUGUUGACGCAGUUAUAAGCUAUUUUUAAAUUUGUGUCAUAAUUAAACUUGAGAACAUGGA